CCGUUGUAGGUCACAUCUAUUUUUAUGUGACACAUUGUCGGUAACGAAUUAACUCGUCGUUUUAAACCACGUUUUAGCGGUUUUGGUCAAAAAAUAGUCAUAAGUAGUGUUACAUAUAAAAUUAAAGUCGAUAUUAACGAACGUUACACGAGUUUUACUCUAGUAAUCUACGCGAUAAAGUGUUACAAGCGUCUCGUUACUAACGUUAGUCUGUUUGAAUCUAAACCUCCUGUCAACCAACAUGGACCAACUUGAAGUAACUACAAAAGAAACCAAGAGCCCAUGGGGCGCUCCCGUCCUGGCACCAGCGCCCUGCUCUCUGGCUGAUGUGAUGAGUGAGCAGCUGGCCCGAGAGCUGCAUGAGGAGGGCAUUCCUUUCCCAGAAAUCCCAGAUACCGAUCUGGACCUGACCUGCACUCCUGAAGCUGACACGUCCAGCGACCUGAUGCUGGCCCAGAUGCUUCAGAUGGAGUUCGAUCGCGAGUUUGAUACGCAGCUGCGCAGGGAGGAGAGGAAGUUUAAUGGAGACAGCAAAGUCUCCAUAUCCUUUGAGAACUACCGCAUGGUUCAUCCAUAUGAGGACAGUGACAGCUCUGAAGAUGAGGUCGAUUGGCAAGACACUCGCCAUGAUCCCUACAGAGCUGACAAACCAACAACGACCCCUAAAAAGGGAUUUGUUGGGAAAGGCAAAAACAUCACCACAAAACAUGACGAGGAAGUCUGUGGACGGAAGAACACGGCACGCAUGGACAAUUUUGCUCCAGAGGUGCAGGUGGGAGACGGGAUCGGCAUGGACCUGAAGCUCUCCAAUCAUGUGUACAACGCUCUGAAACGCCACUGUUACACAGAGCAGCGCCGUAGCGCUCGACUUCAUGAGAAGAAGGAGCACUCUACUGCUGAACAUGCUGUGGACCCCAAGACCAGACUGCUCAUGUACAAAAUGGUGAAUGCUGGGAUACUGGAGAACAUCAAUGGCUGCUUCAGCACAGGAAAAGAGUCGGUGGUUUUCCACGCUAAUGGAGGGAGCUUUGAAGAGAAGAUUGUUCCUGAAGAGUGUGUCCUCAAGGUAUUCAAGACCACCCUGAAUGAGUUUAAGAACCGGGACAAAUAUAUCAAAGACGACUACCGCUUCAAAGACCGCUUCAGCAAGCUGAAUCCUCGCAAAAUUAUCCGCUUGUGGGCUGAGAAGGAGAUGCACAACCUCACCAGGAUGAAGAAAGCAGGGAUCCCGUGUCCGGAGGUGGUGAUUCUGAAGAAGCAUAUCCUAGUGAUGUCAUUCAUUGGAAAGGACCACGUUCCUGCACCUAAACUAAAGGACGCUACUCUGAGUUCUGAGGAUAUGAAGAAAGCAUACUACCAAGUGCUAAAUAUGAUGCAGCAGCUAUAUCAAGACUGUAACCUGGUUCAUGCAGAUUUGAGUGAAUACAACAUGCUCUGGCAUGACGGACAGGUGUGGUUCAUUGAUGUGAGUCAGUCCAUAGAGCCCACUCACCCUCACGGGCUGGAGUUCUUGUUCAGAGACUGCAGGAAUGUGGCCACAUUUUUCCAGAAAGCUGGUGUGGCCGAAGCUCUCAAUGUAUUUGAGCUGUUCAACACCGUGUCUGGACUGCAGAUCAACAGCGAUAAUGAGGCUGAUUUCUUAGCACAGAUUGAAGCCCUGGAGAAAAGAAAUGAAGAUCAUGUGCAGAAAUCCGGCAAGAAAAUCUUCACAGACACCAAUGAUGGCAGCCCACCCCGAUUAAACACUGAUGAUGAUUAACACAAGCACAAUAGUCAUUU